CUCAUAGAUUUUCAUUUUACAGAUAUGAAGCAGAUGAAGGCUUCUAAGCCAUUUCAGAUUUCUAAAGUAUCCAAAGUUUCUCAGACCCAGUACAGAAAGAAGACUAAUAGCUUGAGGAAUUGAAAGGUCAAGGAAAAUAAUUGGGUGUCCGCAAAAUCUAAGUCAAUGUACAAGAUGUCCCCUCUGUUUGUGAGUGCAAGCUCUUGGAUGGUCAUUUCGAUAGAUAAUAAAAAUCAAUGCCUUCGAAAUCACUCAUUACACCAGAUAUAAAAUCAAAGUUUAAAGCUUCAGUUGAUCGGAGCGCUUCAUGUGAAGGGACUCAAGAGCAGUCGAAAAAUUAUUAUUCGAAGAAUUAUAGUACUGACGAGGAGUUUAUUUUUGAUAAUUGAAGUUAUUUUAACCUUUGCAAGGAGCCUCAUUCGCGAAGGGAAAUCGCUUCUCUUACUAAGAUCAUGACUUGCUACACAGUUCUCAAAUUGGUUGAAAAAUUUCAUCUAAAUAAAGUGACAGAGCUAGUAACGAUUUCUGGUUCUGCUUCAGUGAUACAGGGAACUUCAGCAUGUCUAAAAUAAAAAUGAUGUGUUGAGUGUUUGGGAUUUAUUACAUGGCUUAAUGCUUCCAAGCGGUAAUGAUGCUGGCCAUGCUCUCGCUGAACAUUUUGGAAACCUAUUGUUAAAGAAAUCAAUGCCAACAAAAUCUACUCUUUUCUAUAGCCUAGCUGGGGAGAGUAUGAGUAGCAAUCACACUGUUUUUCAGAAAGACAGUUCUCCAUAUGAAGAAGAGAGCAAAGAAGAAACUGAGUCUCCAACAGAGCCAUCAACACCAGUUUCUUAUUUCAGGAAGAAUCCUCCAGUUUUCAGGUUUAUCCAAGAAAUGAAUAAGAAUGCGAGGAAAAUUGGGAUGUUGAACACCAAUUUUGAUUCACCUCAUGGACUUCCAAAUAAAUAAAAAUAAAUCAACUGUAUUUGACAUGGCUAUACUCUGAAUGGAGGCAGUGAAAAUGAAGUCCUUCAAUUCCAUCACAAAGUGUAAAAUGUACCAGUGCAAUAACAAGAAAGGCAAGCAGACAGUAAGGAGUAUGAAACAGCUAAAAACUAAGAAAGCUCACUACAAAUGGGUCAAUACUAAUAAACUUCUUUCCAAGGGAUACUGAGGAAUCAAAACAGGUGUUACAAAUUCAGCAGGUCCAUGACUAGCAGCUUAUAUAGCAAAGAAGAAGAGAUCUUACCUUGUGAUCCUUCUUAACUCAAGAUCAAUGGAUGCUCGUUGGGUUGAGGUCAAAUAAAAUAGUAGACCAUUGCAUUUAUGAGAUGCUGAAACCAAGAAAAGAAACAAGUGUUGCUCCUAUCAGAAAGGCCUACCCCUUGAAUCAAUUUCAUGAAAAGAAAUCAAUAUCCUUUUUCAAAUCCCAGAGUGAUGAGAAAUCGCUCUGCUUAAGAGAAAAGAGAUCAGUUACGAAAAAAGAGAGUGUAGAUUUGUUACUUCCUUCAAUCGACCUAAAAUAAAUUAUUUAUCAUAAUCUAGAGACUUAUCCCCUCCAGAUGGAAUUAAGAGGGCAGUAUUGCUGAAGAAGCCAAUAUAAGUCUGAAUUUUCUCUAGAAAUUAUGGUGAGCCUAUUUCUCGACCUCUAAAAGAUUGUUAUACCCU